AUGAAGACGGAACAAUGCACCACAAUCGGGGAGUCCGUGUUCGUUGGGAACGGUGUGGAGGAAACGGCCGAACUACGGGGCACCAGUAUUGACACGCUGAAACAAUGGCUACUGGACGAACGGCCCGAACUCGUGAUCCCAGAGGAAUCGAGAUUGAUUCUGUUCUUUCUGCGUACCACCAAGUACGACAUCGAUAAAACGAAGCGGAAGUUAAUGACCUUUCUCAAAAACAGAGAAAAGUUAACGGAAUGGUUCAAGGAUCGUGAUCCGUUUCGACCGGAAAUACAUGAGCUGCUUAACAUAGGGGUGUUUUUGCCGCUUCGCGAAAAGGAUUCACUAAACCGGCAGAUCGUGCUCAUCCGCACGUCGGCACACGAUCCCGCCAAACAUAAGCAGGAUGAUGUGUUCAAGGUGGAUAAGAUGAUACUGGACCUGCUGAUGCACCUCGACGAAACGGUUUCCAUACACGGUGUGGUGGCAGUCUUUGAUAUGCAGGGCGUCACGCUUGGGCACGCGCUGCAACUAACUCCGUCCAUGAUCAAGAAAUCUGUUGAAAACUGGGAGAACUAUCCCUGCAAGCCAAAGUUACUCGAGUUCAUUAACGUACCAGUGCAUGUGAACAUCGUACUAAAUGUGUUUAGAAGUUUCAUGAGUCCAAAGAUGCGAGAGCGGGUUAUCAUCUCGCGCAAGGGCUCGUCGCUGGAACAUUCGAAUUUGUUACCUCUCGAGCUGGGCGGGCACGGCGAAAGUAUCUGGGAGCUUGCAGAGUAUUGGAGGAAAACCGUACAGGAUAAUGAAAACUUUUACACUAAAAUGGAAGAGAAUGUGUUCCACUUAUGA